AUGUUCAAACUAUUGGUGUUGUUGAUUGUGACCUUGAUGACGAUGGUCGAGGCACAGCAGGUGUCAAACGUCACAUGCAAUCAACCAUCGACAUCAUUCUAUGAUAUGUCAUUCCCACUGCUUGACGAGAGUGCCAACAUCAGCUUCACAGAGUAUCAGAACAAAGUAGUCUUGAUCUUCAACGUCGCUUCAUUCGAUGCCAACUCCAACGAGACCUACCUCAACAGCAACUUGCUCAUGGAGAAGUUUGGUGCUGAGAGUAUGCAUGCCGACAUCUUCGAUCAAUCAUUCAAUCAAUGA